UGACUAGGAGGCUAGGAGGGGUAGAGAAAUUCAUGCAAAUUUUCAUUUUGCAUUUGUACGGGAUCUCAUUAUCAUGCACGACUGAGCCUCCAUAAAAGUGAUCAGAUUGUGCAUUCCCCGGGCCUUAAUCUGACAAUUCCAGUCGCGCAUGCGCAAAGCAUAACCAAUCACUAUUCCGUCAAAACUCCCCCGCACGUGUGUUCCAAAAUAUAGAAACACUUUUGAAGGUUUUUUAAAGACUCUAAAAAGCCAUCAUAAUGACGGCCCCACCUGGUCUAUUACACAUGGAUCAUCCGGUCAAAGCUUUCUAUCAGUUUUUCCUCGACUUGAUUAUAUUCACCAUAAAAUCUGUGUUUUACAUACUGGAGUCACUAUAUUAUACCCUAUUGCCCCAGCGUUUUAGAAAGUUAAAGGAUAUCUCUGGUCAGGUGGUGCUUAUCACAGGCGGGGGUGGCGGUGUUGGCCGCCUUAUAGCUCUCAACUUUGCUCGACUUCAGGCCCGCAUUGUCAUCUGGGAUAUCAAUCAAGAAGCCAUCAAGACAACGGUGGAUUUGUUGGCCAAACAUGGUUUCCACGAUUGCAAGGGCUAUGUGGUGGAUAUCUCGGAUCGGGAACAGGUCUACCAGCGAGCCAGUCAGGUGACCGAGGAAGUAGGACCCGUGGACAUACUCAUUAACAAUGCUGGAAUCGUUUGUUGCAAACCCUUCUGGGAACUGCAUGAUCGUGUCAUCCAGAACACCUACAACAUCAAUAUCAUCUCGCACUACUGGACCGUUAAGGCCUUCCUUCCUCACAUGAUGCGCCAUAAUCGUGGCCACAUUGUCACCGUGGGUUCUGUCACCGGAAUGUUGGGAACCUAUGGUUGCAGUGAUUACGCGGCCACCAAAUACGCAUGCAUCGGUUUCCACGAGAGUCUUCUGACGGAUCUAAAGGCCCAUGGCUAUGACCAGGUCCACAUGAGUCUGAUCUGCCCGUACUACAUUAAUACGGGCAUGUUUUCGGGGGUUAAGCCCCGCAUGCAGCCCAUGCUCGAGCCGCAAUAUGUGGCGGAUCGUAUCGAAAACGCAGUCCGUUGCAACGAAGUGUGGUGCGUCCUUCCCAACUCCAUCCGAAUGCUCACGCCCCUGAAAUGCCUGUUGCCCGCCAAGAUGUGUUGGGAGCUGAUGUAUCGUGUCAUUCGCGGUCCAGAAUCCAUGAUGAUGUUCCAAGGACGAGGACGCGUGGCAUCUGGUUGA